AUGCCUCCAAGAAGAUCACAUAAAAAGUCUCGUGCCGGAUGCCGAAGAUGUAAAGCUCGAAAAAUAAAGUGCGAUGAAGUCCAUCCUAGGUGUGGAAAUUGUACCAAACAUGGUGUUGCUUGCGACUUUGAGCAUCCCGGUAUCGUCGACACUCUUAGUCCAGUCGAAACCCCCCGUCCGACGACAUCUACAAGUAACUGCGAUAGUCCCUCAACGAGUACUCUUCCACCAACGCCCUCCGUAGAGUUGAGCACGCCUCUUCCCUUAUAUCGACAUCCGGAACCUCUUCCCUUGACAAACUCGAACAAAAGUAAUCGCAUGAUGGAGUUAAAACUAUUACAUCACUACACUACCAUUACUUGUCAGACUCUAGCCAUAUCCUCACCGGUGAGCGAGAAAAUAUGGCGGGAUACUGUGCCGAAUCUUGCCUUUACUGGUGCAGAAUUCCUAGCCGACGCUUUGCUUGCCGUUUCCGCUCUCCAUCUACGGUCACACGCUCCACAAGAUCAAGAACUUAUACGCGCUAGUCAUUCAUAUAUGGCGUCAACCCUUUCGGAAUAUAGUGCGAGGCUAGGAAAGGGUAUAACGGAGUCAAACGCUGAAGCGCUAUUCCUUACCGCUGCCCUCAUCGCAUUUCAGUCGACGGCGUCCCGUAUUUUCACUAGGGAUGACAGCAGUGACUUGAAGGACCGAUCUGAUGGGUAUUCCCUACCGCUAUCGUGGUUUCACUCGUUUCAAGGAAUCAAGGCUGUUGUGGCUUCUAGCUGGCAAUGGUUGCGUCAUAGUGGGAUCGUGAUUCCGAUAAUCGAGUCUCAACCCGCGCUUAAUCUUGAUCUAUCAGGGCAAAAUGCGAAUUUUUUCGGGCAUCUACUAACCGGAGUGGAAGACGAGGUUGCCAACCAAGAUGAUCCCGCAACCCAGGAGCUUACGCGACAGGCCUACCAGCACGCCGUCGCUGUACUUGACUGGGCUCAUAAGAUACCCCAUACCGGUGCUCCUCUCGUGUUUCUCGCAACCGUUUCGCGCCGUUUCGUAGAAUUGCUCGAGUCCCGGCGCCCACGUGCUCUUGCAAUUCUUGCUAGUUAUUUUGGUUUACUAAAGUCUCUCGAUAGUGUUUGGUGGUUAAAGGGCUUAGCGCGUCGCGAAGUCAUGGGCAUUGUUUCCCUAUUCGACCCAGACGAUGAAGAAUGGUGGCCUCGUCUGCAAUGGCCUGUACGGAUUGCAUUAUACGAGGGCGAUUUCAUACCACCAGACGUAUGGGGCGCGGAAUCUUGCACUGAGACGGCACUGUUGGACCAAAGCGGCCAGAAUGGAGGCUACGUCAGUCAUAUUGAGCUCGUGAGUCAAAUGUUUUCUGCUGUGCAGAAUAUGCCCCCAACGAUGCCAGGCGACGCCCUUGACGCACUCGCCCAUCAGACCAUGUUAGCUCAAUCCCAAGAAUUCGGCCGGCAAAUGUCACUCCGAGAUGAUACGCACGUGUUACAUUGA